AUGGCGUCCAAAACUCCUCAUCUCGAGGAGAAUAUCAACUACAUCAAGACUCCCAAACAGCCUCCCUCGUCUUUUGAGGCCCAGGACUGCGGCGUUCCCGUUACCGAUUUCCCCACGAUUCACAAUGCCCCGCUGCCUGCUGAAGGUCCUGGAAACGACAGCUUCUCCAACAUUGUCCUUCUCGGUCUGAUCGUUGGCGUCCCCUGGUUCCUCGCCCGUCUCAUUGGUGGUGGCAUCAAGACCAAAAUAUUCUUUGGCCUCAUCACCCUCUUGCCCGUCCUCAUCGCCUACUGGGUCUUCAAGUCCGCCUUUAGCCCUCGCAUAAACGAGAACGCCAAGCUCCCCGGCCGUCCCGUCGAGUCCUACAUCACCUUCAAGGAUGCUGCCCACAAGGCCAAGUGGAGCGGUCGCUCCAAGGUCCCUAUCCAGACCUUCUCCGAGAUGUACGUCGACGGCAAGGUCGAUGUCAACGGUGACAUCCUCGAUGUCCUCGAGUACCGCCACGACUGGUCCAACUUUAGCUUCACCCUCGAUCUCAUCAAGUUCAUCUUCGGCACUUUUGCCUCCGAUGUCCUCUUUCACACCAAGGACCAGGACAUGGAGCAGAUUCGCCCCAACUACGACAACGGCAACGACCACUACGCUUGGUUCCUCGGCCCCCGCAUGAUCUACACCUCCGGCGUCAUCUCCGAUCCUACCCGCGAGGAGACACUCGAGGAGCUUCAGGACAACAAGAUGGCCGUCGUCUGCGAGAAGCUCGAGCUCAAGGAGGGUGAAACUAUGCUUGAUAUCGGCUCUGGCUGGGGUACCCUUGCCAAGUUUGCCAGUCUCAACUACGGCGCCAAGGUCACCGGUAUCACUAUUGCCGAGAACGGUGCUGCUUGGGGCAACGAUGUUUUGCGCAAGGCCGGUAUCCCCGAAGAGCAGUCCCGCAUCCUCUGCAUGGACUACCGUGAUGCUCCCAAGGUCAAGUACAACAAGAUCUCCCAGCUCGAGAUGGGUGAGCACGUUGGUAUCCGCAAGCUCACUGGUUUCUUCCGCCAAUGCUACGACAUGCUCGAGGAUGACGGUGCCAUGUAUGUUCAGCUCUCUGGUCUUCGCCAGGCUUGGCAGUAUGAGGAUCUCAUCUGGGGUCUCUACCUCAACAAGUACAUCUUCCGUGGCGCCGAUGCUUCUACUCCUCUCUGGAACUAUGUCCGAUCCCUUGAGCGCGCUGGUUUCGAGAUCAAAAGCGUUGACACUGUCGGUGUUCACUAUUCUGCUACUCUCUGGAGAUGGUACCGUAACUGGGUUGGCAACCACGAUGAGAUUGUCGCCAAGUAUGGUCAGCGUUGGUACAGAAUCUGGGAGCUCUUCCUCGCCUGGUCCGUCAUCGCCUCCCGACAGGGUUCCGCUACUUGCUUCCAGAUCCUGGUUGUCAAGAACCUCAACGCUACCCACCGUAUCGACGGCAUUGGCUCGCAGUGUGGUCUCUCUGGUGCCCUUGCCAAGAGCAAGGCUGCUGGCAAGAAUGCUCUGCCCAAGUAA